AUGGAGAAUCGCUCCACUAGCAUUCUACGACGUCAAGAUGAUAUAGAAAUCCUCAAGCAGCAACCGAAGCUAAACAUUUUUGGAGAUGUUGAAGUCGUUGAAGCCAGUUUCGGUCUCGGCUUGCUUUCUGAAGCACUUCCCCCUCAGGAAGUUGUUCAGAUACUGAAGAAGUGGGAUUGGGCAGUCGAGAGCAUCGAUGUGCGAUGUGUCGCCGUGCAUUAUCGUGGUAAAGGAUUGGUUCCUUUCCACUUGCCAAUGCGGAACGUAGUCGAUGACGUUUCUGGCGCAUUUCGUCGGUCUGCUAGAAGUUUGGUCAGCGUGACCUUCUUUUGGUGCUAUUUCAGCACUGAGAAGACCACGGCGCUUGACCGGGGUCAAACCACUAAGUCGAUCGUCGCCGAUGCAAACGGAAUGGAGAAAAUGGUUAUUGGUACUGGUCAACUUAGUCGAUGA